GAAACAGGCCUGAGCAUAUAAAGAUCGAUACCCGCGCGGAAGGUCCCCAUCCAGAUUCCUAAAUACCCCUCUCACCCUCAAGUUCACAUCCUUACUCUUUACCCACUUACCACGUUAUAACAACAGCCAACAUGACAAGUUAUACCGUUCACGUGUCUAAUCUCUCACCCGCAACCACGGAACAACACCUUCAUGAUUUUUUCACGUUCUGCGGAAAGAUUCAUUCGGUCGAGUUCGAUCCAGCAACUCAUUCCGCUACUAUCAACUUCGAGAAACCUCAAGCCGCGAAGACUGCGCUUAUGCUGAACGGUGGUACCCUCGAUGGUUCACAUAUCAGUGUAACGAGCGAUACUGUACACUUGGAAACGGAGGAGAAACCCGAAGGCGAAGGAGAAGCUUACCGUCAAGAGUAUAAGCCGAAAGCAGGAAUUUUUGCCGAAAUACUCGCAAAGGGGUAUAAACUCUCGGACCAAAUUCUCCACCGAGCGAUCGACUACGAUUCGCAGCAAGGCAUCUCCACCCGAUUCCUCGCAUAUUUCCACUCACUUGACACCAAACUCGGUGAGAAGGCCCUCGGACCUGAGAAGACUAUCUCUGGCAAGCUCCAGGAAUCGUUGGCUGAGGCACAAGCCCGUGCAAAGGCCAUCGACGAGGAGAAAGGUCUGAGCAAGCAAGCCGCAGACUACUACACCAAGGCGCUUUCAUCGCCUUUUGGCCAGAAGGUCAAGCAAUUCUAUACUACCACUUCGAAGCAAGUCCUCGACAUCCACGAGGAAGCCCUUCGUAUUGCCAACCUCCAUCCCAAGCCCGCCGAGGAAGCACCCACCGGUGCUGCAGGUACGGCCUCACCUCCAGUCGAACCAGCACCUCAGACCACUGACACACCAAAAGCUGCACCAGGAUCCGCUGGAGCAGGCAUCACUGGUGGCCCUGACGUUGCUGGUGUGGAGAAGGGUAAGGGUACGGAAGCUCCUACCGUAUUCUGAGUGGAUACGUUACUAUCGACACGGAAAGGCGAGGACUCUGCUAUUUCCUCUGAACUCAUAGUAUAAGAACGUGUUGUACUUUUAUGGAUAAUCUAUGGAUAUCUUUAUGACGUGCUCGUAACCGCACUUUGCGUACGAAGGGAUCAGCCGAGCCCAAUGUACGGACGUUCCAAAGGAAGUGUUCCGCCUUCCAUAUGCGGCGACGCACCAUAUAAGCGCCAUGGUUUGCGUUCAAUAGAGUACUUAUCCCGGCCGCCUCGGA